GAGAGAGCUCUGACAUGAGAGAUGAUCAGACAUGUGUGUGUCAGUUGUGCACUGAAGGAGACCACAAGAAUCACAACACUGUUCCUAUAGAGGAGGAGAGGAGAAAGAGGAAGCAGAUGAUUCCGAGACACUGAGCAGGAGAAGCUCUCACACACUGAGGAUCAUCUCCACCUCCUACAGGUUUACUUGUCCAUGUUCAGCCUUCCACACACCAAGAACUGGACUGAGAUCAGUAUUAACACUGAUCUGAGUGGAGACACUGUGAGGACAUCUCUGUCUCAGCUUUGGCAGAGUCUGAAUAAGAAACUCACUAAAACAAUCAAUGACAAGUUAAAGGAAGCAGUUUCCACAGAACUGAAGAGAAUGCAGCAGUAUGCAGUGGAUGUGAUUCUGGAUCCUGAUACAGCUCAUCCCAAACUCAUUCUUUCUGCUGAUGGAAAACAAGUGUCACCUGGAAACAAACGACAAAAUCUCCCUGAUACACCAGAGAGGUUUAAUCAGUGUGUCUGUGUUCUGGGGAAGCAGAGUUUCUCCUCAGGGAGAUUUUAUUAUGAGGUGCAGUUCAGAGGGAAAACUUCCUGGGAUUUAGGAGUUGUGAGAGAAAACAUUAACAGGAAGGGGGAGAUUAUAGUGAAACCUCAGAAUGGAUUCUGGUCUGUGGUACUGAGGAAUGAGAAUCAGUAUGAAGCUUUUGAUGAUUCUUCUGUCCCCCUCACACUAAGAGAGAAGGUGGAGAUAAUGGGAGUGUUUGUGGAUUAUGAGGAGGGUCUGGUCUCCUUUUAUGAUGUGAACUCCAGAUCUCUUAUCUACUCUUUCACUGGUCAGACUUUCACUGAGAAACUCUAUCCAUUCUUCAGUCCUUGUUUAAAUGAUGGAGGUAAAAAUUCUGCACCACUGAUCAUCUCUCCUCCACUUUAGACUAAAGGAUUUUUAUCUAAAAAAUGUGGGAUUAAAAAAUCUUUUUCCAU